AUGAAUGUGGCGUUUAGAAUACUCCGUCGCCAUUCGACAACGACAUCCUCUCGCCCCCUCGCGUCCAUCGCUGCUCCACAUGGCCUAGGUUCUGGUGACCAUGCACUCCUUCUCCGCAGAGUCUUUCGUAUAUCGCAGCGUUAUGGCAGAAAGUCUAACGAUUCCAUCUUUAACCUGCUUAACGCGCUUGCACGCAAUCCCUUGUCGGCUGUGCCCGAACACUACAUGCAUCGCUCAAGGGUAACUGCGGCGGAGCUCGUGCAAUGGAGACCAGUCCUCAUUGCGCCUACUAUUGGCGUUGCCAUGAAGCGAAUGGAAAACCUAGGUGUCAUCAUUCCAUCUUUGGAUAUACUUGCAGGCCCAAAGCGUACACCUGUUGUCAGUUUGCUCCAGCCCCCCUCCUGGCUUGUCCUCUAUCUACUGUGUUACAAGGUCGUCCGCCCAGAUGAGACUAAAGCUGCUUUAUCCCUGGCAUAUUACCACUUUCCAGCAGCACCCCCUCACCUUCAAGCGGCUCUUUUAAUAUUCUCGGCCGGCUGGUUCGCUGAGCAUGAUUUAACAGCGUUAUUGCUACGAGUGGUCAUGACAUUUCUCGACGUCUCGAGCGGAAUUGAGAAGGCAUAUCAGUUCCAAACGCUGUUACAAAUUCUUGGAUAUGCGUCCUUCUCGAAGGAUGCUAGCGUUGUUGUUGCCAGGAUUCUGGACGCCGCCGAACAAAAGUUGAUAGCUCUAGACCAAAACACAUACGAUGUGCUCCUAGGGAGCAGAACGGCCACCUCUUUCGUAGGUGUCAGCGUCAUGCGGCAUAUGCAUACCCAUGGAUAUCAGGCGACGGUCAAGCAUCUUACACGCCUCCUUGAUUUAUUCUCGGCACACAGGUGGAAACGGCGAGCACGGUUAUGCUAUCGCCUCCUUCGCGAAAACUAUGGCGUAGAUUUACAGUCCCUACCUGCCGAAGAGACAUCAUCGGAGGAUGCCCGUCUAUAUAUCAAAUCCCAGAACCGCUACGUUUCUACCUUCGAGUUCGCUCGGAUAUUGCCUUCUCAUCCACAAACUCAUGCGAGCUCUGCACCCAACCGACUUCACAGAGGAAGACGACGACAGUCAUAUUCGGCCUCAUUCCUCGUGCCGAAAGCUGAGAGGAAAUCCUCGCGGAGUAGCAGCAUGCAGAAGUCGGUCGAACAGUUGGCUGCUACCAAGCUCAAGUACACUAGGAUUUGGAGAUUUGCACUGCACUCAGCUACCAAAAAUCCGAAGACCACAGGGAAGCAUGUUUUGCAUACCCUCCAUCGCGCCAGGGCUAUGAACCCUUUCCUACGGUCUGAUGCCACGCUCCAUCUGCUCGCUUUGCGCGGAUUAAUCCGUCGUCAGGAUUAUCAAAAUGCUCUCCUAGUUUGGGGCGAAUUGGCUUGUCGUAAAACGAGACUACCACGUUGGGUCAUGACGGUCGGUAUCGAGGUGCUGACUUUGAGCGGGCAUGCCAAUCGCGCAUUUCAGCUACUGCAAAAAGCGGCUGAUAAUCGAAUUGGUCUCGCGGCCAAGCUGAGUCGAAGCCAAGCUCGGAGGCUCAGAAUACUGGACUUGGUCAAUACUCGGAUAGUCAACGUAUUCAUGGCUUCCCUUCAACGCGCCGGUUACUCGGACCUUGUUUUUGAGCUGUGGCAUAACAUGGAGAUCCUCUUCGGUGUCCGGCCGGAUUGUUUCUCAUUAACCAUACUUCUCCAAACAGCUCGUUUUGCUAGCAGUCAUUCCAACCCUUCCUUACGAGGUGCGCUUACAGAGUUUGGGCUAGGUGGUCUUCUUCCUCGGCCGGCGACUACUCUCUUAUCCCCUGAAGCAAUUCGUCAGCAAUUGUUCUCUCACUUCAGUAAAGCGCUAGAUGCCAGCAACCCAACACUGAAUACAGGACUCUGGGGAAGUGAGCGCGCUGGUACCGUGGCCCUCCGUAUCAUACACGAAGUCCUCUUCACCAACUCGCCUGAUCUGGAGAUGGUCCCAUCACCGGCGAGAGCCAUUCGCCCCUCCGCCGAUUUCCAGGCUUUGAGUCCCGUUGCGGAUCUUUUCCGGAGUGUUUCCCGACAGUCUGUCGAUGUCCAAGGUGUUUCUAAGGACAUUGCGGGGCGCACAGCCUCUUCGCUUUCUGCUCAUAUCAUUCCGAAUGACGCCCUGUUCUACGCCUACAUCAAUCUCCUCGCGACGGAAUCGCGCAUUCCGCAAAUACCUCUCGCCCUUGCUUGGAUGCGGCAUCUUGGCAUCAGGCCCUCCGAAAGAACACUUGCUUCUGCGCUGGUCCACUGGGCUGAGGUCAGUAUGGACGCGCCGUUAGUGCAACAACUGAAGGGAGGGAGAAGCGAGUAUCAAAAACUGACGAAAUGGAUGAGGGGCUGGGUGGGCGAGCAGCACAUGCCGACGGAUGAGCAGAUUGGCACAGAGCUCCAGCAGUUGAAGUCCUUCAGGGAGCUGCGACUUCGCAAGACACGGCAGCAAUCCGUUUGUGCAUAA